UGUCUCCAUAGUAGUUACCUAAUCAAAACCCCCAAUUUGUGACCGAAUUAGCUUACAACCGUUUCAUACUCUCGGUGUUCUUCACCCAUUCCCCGUGGACACGAUCCUCUACUUACCCUAUACUUGUCUUAGGUUAGUUUAGGUAGAAUUAUUGUUUGGUUUAGGGUAAUUGUCCAAUGACCGAUUUCAUCCUCUACCAGGAGUACCUUGAUAAGUUUCGGCCCGAUAGGUUUCUUCUCCUUACCAGCCCAAAAAAAUAACAAAAAUGAAUAUUGACCGUUGAUAUUAUUUAGAUCUACGGUUGACAAUAUGUUUUUUCUCGUAAGUUUUCAUUUUUAUUUUUUAUUUUUUUUGAAGUUUUUCACUUUUAUUACGCUGUACCUCCCUCCCCUUACCCAUCUCCCUCUUCCAUUGAAGAUCUUCCAUUAAAGUGGUUUCUGAGCUUUCUCUCCUCCAUUGAAGCAACUUCUCAGCUGCUUUCGCUUGUUUUUAGGGAAUAUUCAAUUUUCUUCCAGUAGUGAGGUUUGAUUUCUAAGGGAUGAGUGGAAGAGGAGGAAUUUCAGGCGUCAAGCGGCCGCGCCCAGGUUCAAAUGGAUCAAAGGAGUUGACAGCUGAUGAGCACAAUGUAUACAAUCUGAUUAAAAGCAAGGGAGAUAUGGGUAUAUGGAAGGGAGACAUAAGAAAAGAGUUGAACAUCACCAACGCAAAGACAAUUGAUAACUGUGUCAAGUCUCUCUUAUUGAAGCAAAUGAUCAAAGAGGUGCCUAAUGUUCAAGCCAAGGGGAAGAAGCGACUCAUGGCUAUGGAGUUUGAGCCCUCAAAGGAGUUAACUGGUGGUGUAUGGUAUCAUGAGGGUAUGCUUGAUGAGGAUUUAAUUGAUAAUUUGAAGCGCGUCUGUUUACAAAGACUUUCUAAACAGAAGGUUGCUACAGCUGAUGGAAUGCGCCAUGAGAUUAAGAUGACAGGGGUGUUUCAAGUUGAUUUUACGGUCGAACAGAUGAAGGAUAUACUUGAUAAUCUGGUUUUGGAGAAGCAGAUUAGUAGAGUGAAGAGCAAUGGAAUGGGGGAGUUGGCAUCGUUUCCUAUCAAUGCGGAGUGUUACAAACUCAAAUCACAACGCGCUAAAGUUGGAGAUUUCUCUAUGAUACCCUGUGGUGUUUGUCCCCGAAUAAACCAUUGUGCUCCUGAUGGUGUGAUUUCCCCAGUAACAUGUGUAUACUACACCAAAUGGUUGGAAUUUUGAAAGUUGAGCCGUUCAUUUACCUCAAAAUUUAGUACUAGAGUUAGAACUUGAGAACAAUUUUUUGCAGGAAGAUGUCCUUAAAAGCAUUGAUAGUAUUUUCAUUAUCAACAUAUUUUUUCUAAAAAUAAGAAAGGAAUACAUGUUGAUAACAUUAUCAUAUUAACAUGUAUGUAAGUAUGUUCAUAUGCUCUUUUAA